AUGGGUCCUGCAAAGGACCCGGACCUGCCAGACGUCAUCGCCACAGGAGUCGGCCACAUCGCGGGCAAGAAGGAUGCCUUUGUAGUGCGAAACACCUUCAUUGACCAGAUCCCUGGUACUCCCAGCUCACCAAACGGGGCGGAGCGCCAGGUGCAUUCGUGCCCUGGGACGAGCCUGCUCGACCAUGCGACCCCACAGCAGGAGGAUGCCAGGAAGCUGGGAAUUGGAGCGACGGUUCUCGCGGCGGUGCCUUCCUCACCCGGGUCGGACUGUGACUCCAACAAGUCUGGCCUGCAUGGGAGCCGGGACCAGAAGCCCUGGAGUCCUGACGUAGUCCAGAAGCUGGUGGACGAAGCCGCAGCAGUGCUGGAAAUGCACACGCCCUCCCUGCCAGGAGCCUCGCGAAGAAGUUCGCCGAUGAUGGCGAAAGCCUCCCCUCUGAUGAAGGGGGCCGACUUGGUGUCUUCCGCUGUGGCGGACGCUGCGGCCGCAGCCGAUGCCUCACCUGAGGUCAAGCCGCCAGAGAUUUGCGGCACACCCUCGCCAUGGCAGAACCACAGCCACAGCCGCCAGGAGUUCUGCUGCGCUACACCGUCUCCAUGGCAAGGCUCGGCAGUGAUCAACCCAGAGAUCACCGCCAAGUUGCUGGCCAUGGGACAGCAGAAGGGCUCGGAUGGUAGCGUCCAGGACCCUGUCGCCAUGAUUGUGGCCUCGGCCGCAGCGGCCGCCAACAAAGAGCCUCCACCACCACCUGCGCAGGCUCCUCCUGCUCAGUACUCGAAAGCCGCAAACAGCCCAUUGCUCGCACCACCGCUGAGGUUGCCCCGCAUCGAGUCUGGGAUCGCCAGCAUCGAGGAAGGCGACAACAGUGCCUUCCACAGUGCAUCGUCGGACCCAGAGAUCGCACCGGAUGCCCUGGCCAUGGCCGAAAGCUUUGCCUCCCUUGUGAAGCCCGACCAGCUAGGGGCGGAACAUGUCCAGUGGUGGCAGCCGAUGAAGGAGACGCUCUCGACUGAGGAGGAGGCUGGAAUUCUAGACUUCAUCCAGCGAUGGGGCUUAGAUGGGAACUGCGACAGAGUCUUGAGGAAUCUUCCCUCUCACGUUCGGCAAGAGGUGCUGGCAAGCUUUUUGGCGUCCCCUGACACCCGCAACGUCAGCGCGAAGUUCAUGUCGUGGCUAAGCUCGCGCAUGAGGAACUUCGAGGAGAUCCAGUCCGCGCUUGUGACGACGCCCGAGGAGCGACGGGCUUUCUAUGAAAGAUGGAGGCUGGACCAGAAGUGCCGGCAGUUGGUGGAGGAGCAGGCGCCCUCGGUCCAGAGGGAGCUGAUCUCCAACUUCAACCCGCCUGCCGGUACGAAGAACGUCGCCGGACGGAUGACUGCCUUCCUGAACAUGAUCCUGAACAAGACAAGGCGGGGAUAG